GACGUCAGCUCUUCUGCCCAGGCUUGCUACACCUCAGCCUGUGCUGCACCCUCCUAGCCUGUGGCGUCGCUGUACCGGCCUCUGCGCUCCGCACAGACGCCUCCGCAUUCCAAACGGGGGCAGGAGGCAGAGAGAAGGGGUGGAGGUUGGUGUCUCACCGGUUUAGGGUCUACGGCGGCGGUGGAGUCGGUAGCGUGAUGGCUGCCUCUGUGUUCUGCUGCCUGCGGUGCUGCAGAGACAGCGCAACAGGACACAUUCCUCUGAAGGAGAUGCCGGCUGUGCAGUUGGACACACAGCACAUGGGAAUCUGGGGUGUUGGUGUCGCAACUCAGAAAGUUAACUUAAAUCAGAUUCCUCUUGGCCGAGAUGUACACAGCCUGGUGGUGAGAAAUGAUGGAGCUCUGUACCACAACAAUGAGGAAAAAAACAGACUGCCAGCCAACAGCCUUCCACAGGAGGGAGAUGUGGUGGGUGUUACAUAUGACCAUGUAGAAUUAAAUGUAUAUUUGAAUGGAAAAAACAUGCAUUGUCCAGCAUCAGGUAUAAGAGGGACAGUGUAUCCAGUUGUUUAUGUUGAUGACAGUGCAAUUUUGGAUUGCCAGUUCAGUGAAUUUUAUCAUACUCCUCCACCUGGUUUUGAAAAAAUACUAUUUGAACAACAGAUCUUCUGAAUGUAUUUGUUUUUGAAACUUAUAUUUCUGCACUUUUGAGUGUUUAACAUUUAAUAAAGCUUUACCUGGCUAUAGAUGAAAUAUAUUCUUAAAAAUAUCCUUGUUAAUGUUGUUUAAGGAAGCAAUAUAUUCAGUGUACCACCCAGAAAUUAUGAUAUAAAAUACUUAUGUUUUAUGGUAUGAAAUCAGCACUUUGGGCUGUUUAUUUAAUUUUUAUUUAAAUAAAUAUAACUAAGGGUAUGAUUAACAGUAUUAAGUGGAAAUAUGUAUAUAGAUAUUUAAAAGGGAAUCUUUCUUACAUAAAAUAUUUGUUUUAAUAGAGACAGAGUUCGUGGGUUUUUGUUAAAGUUUAUAUUUCAUCAACUAUUUUAAGACUGCAGUCCAAUAAUUUUGUGUCUCAUGGUCUUUUUUAUAUAGACUAUAACAAAUUGACAAAUUUAUAUUAUUGGUAACCUUAAUUUUUGCAAUUUAUUUACUAAUGGAUGUAUCACUUUUCUUAAAAUUUAAAUUGCUUAUUUUGUUUGUGUAUCAUUGCUUUUGAUUUGCUUUGUGAAAGGAGAUAAAUGUCUUAGUAGUUGUUAUUUUGUUGAAGACCAUUAUGCUGUGUUACUUCAAUACCAGAGUAAAUAGUGGUUGAUUGGUGAUACAAGGGGGGACCACCAUAAAAACAGAUUCUCUUCUGAAGGGCAGGCCCCUUGUAAUACAGGCUUCCUCCACUAGGUGGGUGUUCUAGGAACCCAUCUGUAUCAGUGUACCAGCUGGCAUUGUUGUGGCUUCAUUCAGCUUUAGCGAAUUUUUUAUGAAAACUCGUCCAAUGUAUUUGCCCAUUUUAUAAUGAAUGAUUUAUGAGCAUAUCUUCUCACAUUGUGCUGAGCAUUCAGCAGUUUUUGACUAAAAACGGGCAUGAUCCUUGUGCCCAGUCUCCUUAUUCACAUGAUUUCACACUGAGCAUCUCUUUUUUUGUUUCCCUGAAUGAAAAAGGACCUAAAGGGAAACAUGUUGCUGAUAUGGAAGAGGAGAAACAAAAAAUGGUGGAAGCACUAAAAGGAAUCAAAUUGAUGAGUUUGAACACUGUUUUCAGCAGUGGAAAAAACAUCUCAAUAAGUGCAUUGCAUCAAAUGGCGGGUACUUUGAAGAUGACUAAAGUUUAAACAUGUAGAAUAAAUACAGAAUUUUUUAUAUAAGUAGAUUCUGUUUUUUGCGGGGGGGCCUACCCUUGUGUAGCACACACUAACAGACAUUUAGAAUAAAUAGUGUAAUCCUUUAAACUUAAAUCUGAAUGAGAUAAUCCUUCUAAGGACUUCUAUUUAAAUGUGUGUUUCUCUGUAAGGAAUAGUAAAAAUUAAUACUAAUUAAGGAAUAUUCACUACUAUAUUAAAUACAUUUUUUCCUGUUCUGUUAAUUAUAA